CCACUCACACACAAAAAAGGGGAAAAUCUUGAAUUUUUCUAAGCAUUUUUAUCAAUGUAUUGACCAGUAGGGUAGGAUUGCCAUUUACUUGUUAGUGUCUGUCUUCAAGAAUGAUGCAUUUUGUUGGUGAAAGUGAAAAAUACAAGCUUGUCCAAUACAUGUCAAAAUAUGUAUCAAGUCCCUGAUAUAUAUUGAAAUGUAAAAUGUGCAUACCCAUCUGGAAAUCAUAGAAUAGUAAUUUAUAAUUAAGCAAUUUUACCAGUAAGGAAGGAUUUGACAAUAACAGUAAUAUUUUAAGCUGGAACUAAAGGUCCAUCAAUCUGAAUUUGGGUAAGUUUCUAUAUGUUCUAUUCUAUGGCUCUACAGAAAGUAUAAUUUAGCUCUAAAAUGACAAGAAUGGAUCAUGCAUCUUGUUUAGUAAAAAUGUGGAUUGCAGCCGGACACAGUGGCUCACGCCUGUAAUCCUAGCACUUUGGGAGGCCGAGGCAGGCGGAUCACGAGGUCAGAAGUUUGAGACUAACAUCACCAACGUGGCAAAACCCCGUCUCUACUAAAAACGCAAAAAUUAGCCAGGCGUGGUGGCACAUGCCUGUAAUCCCAGCUACUCCGGAGGCUGAGGCUGGAGAAUUGCUUGACCCCAGGAGAUGGAGGUUGCAGUGAGCCAAGAUUGUGCCACUGCACUCCAACCUGGGAGACAGAGCGAGACUCCAUCUCAAAAAAUAUAUAAUGGAUUGUAUGUUCACAAUAGCCAGCUAAUUUAAGCCUGUGUACAUGUAUGUUCAAAUACAUGCUUAGCUAUAAUGUGUGAAAGAUUACUCAUUAUGCAUACAGUAGCUUUCUCUGGAAAGCAAAAUUUUGGCUUAGUUUUUUGUGCUUUAUUUAAAAAUAUUUAUAAUGGACAUUUACCAAUUUAUACCAAAGCGGUGAACAGCUACGGAUAUAUUAUCCCUUAUACUUAAGAACUCACAUUAUGAUUGCUUAUGAUAGGAUUGCUUGAUUUCAUUGUAUGGUAUUAUGACCAACUGUAAAGGGUAAGUCCCUUGAAGUUAAGUUUUAAAAUUUUCUGGAUUUUUGCGACUACAGAUAAAUCAGGUGUCCAGUAACUUUGUAUUUCUGUGAAGUGCGAUCCAGUUUUAUAAAUUGAUGCUCCCAGCUUUUCCCUCAGAUCCCCUGGUGGAUCAAUGUGGUGACCAAAGAACUGGUGUAACUUGGCUUUCAAGGUGCUGAUGAAGUUUCACAGUCGGCGGAAACCCAGGGCUUCCAAAGCAUGUCCUUGAUAUCAUCACUCACAGGGGAGGGCUCCUGGUGGUUUUAUCAGUUGGAAUGCUUUUAGUUCUAAGCAACAGAAAAUGUAUAGUUGCCUAAACCAAAACCAUUUAUUAGUUCAUAUAAAUGAAAAGAUACAGAUAGUAUAAGGCUAGGAUCUGGGUCAGGUGGUGGGAUUUUAUAUUGCUUUCCUUUCAUUCUUUCACCUCUCUUUUUGUUGUGAAUUCUUGUCUUCACGUUGUUCACAAUAUAGCAGCAUCACCUGCUUUCUUGUUCACAGCUGAAUGAAGAGAUAUUCUGUAUCAUUUUAGUCCCGUGUGGUUCUGGCUCCCCACAAUGCAUAGAAUCUCUGACACUCCAAUUCUCACUAGCAACUGAAACCAACCAAGACAACAAAGGACACCGCUGGUCCCCUAGCCUACUCCUAGUGAGAAGCAACAGCAGGCUACCCCAAGAAAAGGGAACAUAGAGAAUUCUUCUGUGGCCCCAGUGCAUAGGGACAGCCAAAAGCUGAGGACAGGGACAGCCAAAAGCUGAGGACAGGGCAGCAAGGAACAUUGAGAAAACUUUAGCACUCUCAUUUCCAUCCUAAACACAAGGUAACACUAGAGAAAUUUGAAGCCAGUGGUACAACUAAGAUAAAUACAACAACAAAAUCCAAUUCCAGUUUAAUUCCUGACCAGAUUAAUUCAGCACUCCACCCUGACAUCCUAGCAGAGUAUGUGUGCCUAGUUUUAGGCCAAAAAUAAUGUUUUCUUCAGUCUCUGAAGAAAGAUUAUGUUAUAUGUUAUCUGGCAUUUUAUUUUAAAAAUACAAGAUUAAAAGUUGAGAACAAUCUUCUGCCAAUAGAUAGCAGGCCAAUCAAUAAAACCACACUUAUAGAUAACCAUAGUUUGGAACUGUCAGGGAAUUUUACAUAACUGAUUGGUGUGCUAAGGACUCCAGUGAAAAGGGCAGAUAAUAUUCAUGAGCAGAUCGCGAUUGCAGUAAAAUCUAAUCGUCCAAUGAGAAGUGCUGGGGAAAGAAAAUUUAUGCUACUACUUUUACUUUUAUCAGAAAGCUCUUGAAGACUUGUGAGUAGGCUCAACAUAGCUGAGAAAAGUAUCAGAGAACUUGAGUAUAGGUCAAUAGAAAUCACCCAAACUAGAACACAAAAAGUGUGAAGAAAGCAAUACAAAUCAGACCACAUUGUAGGCUCUAAUAUUUGCAUACUUGGAAACCCGGGGGCAGGGGGACAGAAUGGGAAGAAAAGAUACUUAAAGAGGUAAUGGCUGAGAAUUUUCCAAAAAUAAUAAGACCGCACUGACAUUCAAGAACCUCGGAAUGCCAAAGCAGUAUUUUUAAGAAGAGAACAAAAUUAGAUGCAUUAUUGCCAAAUAGCUAAAAAUGGACGAUGCAAAGAAAAUAUUAAUGGCAGGCAGAGGAAAGGGACACAUUACAUUUAAGAAGCAUAGUGUGAAAAACAUCAGAUUUAUCAUAAUCACAAACCCUGCAAGCAGAAGACAAUGGAGUUACAUCUUUAAUAUCUAGAAACCAAAAACAAAGAUCAAUAAGAAAUUCUAAGCCCAAUGGAAAAAAAUCUUUCAGAAGGUAUGCAAAAUAAAGAUAUCUUCAGAUGAACAGGGCUGAGAGAAUUCACUGUUAGCAGCCCUACACUGUAUAAGAUAUUUAGCAUACCAGAAAUAGACUUGGAUCUACCAAAAGGCCCAACUGUGAAAAUGGUUAUUGCAAUCACUUUAAGUAUAAAGUAUUUCUUACUUUUAUUACUCCAAAAUGUAAUUCAGUAAUGCAAAAUUAGGAAUGAGGUUUUAUGAAUUUAGAGGACAUAUAAAAACUAGAUGUUUUGUAAAAACACUGCAAAACAGAGAAGACAAAUUAGAAAUAUGCUAGCAGAAAUUAGAAGUAUAUGGUUGUACUCUGUACAUGAAUUAGCAUAAUAUGAUUUGAAGAUACACUGUGAAAAAAUAUAGGUUUAUAUUUUAAGCCCUAGAGUAACCGUUUAGGAAUUUUUUAAAGUGGUACAACUCAUAAGCCAGUAGUAGAGAUUAAAUUCUGUUUCCAAAAAUAGCAACAUAGAAGCAAGCUGGCUUCAAUCCCUUCAACAGAAAACUAAAGGCAAAUAUACAGCACCAAUAUUGUCACCAGCAAUAUCCCAGAACUCAAAUAUGAGGAGGAGACAGUUCCUGAAAACACAAAUAAGUGAAAAAACUGAGCAGAUGGUAAGAGAAUUGGACUUUCCUAGCAACGGUGCCCCUCCCUCUAAUCUGCCUGGCACCAAGACUGUGGAAGAAUUUCCCUGGGUCCCAGUUUCUACACUGGAAAAAGUGAAUCAAGAUGGACAACCAGCCUCACUAUCUUGGGUUCCCCUGACAGGAGACUUGUCUUUGAGUCAACCCACAGGAAGCAUCAGUAGUAAUCGAAUGUCCCUGAGGACAGCCAGAGAUGAAGCAGGGAGGUGGAAACACUGUCCCAAGUCAUGGAAACUCUACUCUGCAACUCAGCCAAAGGAGACACCAAUCAGAGUGGGUUCAAGAUAUUUCUCUGACUUAAUAUUUGUAUUGCCUUUUUGUGGGUUCUUAGUAUAUUAGAAUGAAUAGCACAUUAAACAAAACACUGUCAAGAGCCCUUAGGUACCUCGCGGAAUCAUGGAGGGAAAGGAGUCAAACACUUUACUCCCUUCUCUCCUCCCCACCAAUCCCUAAAUAUACACAACUUGGACACGAAGGACUAAAACUUCAUUCCUCCUUCCCUCCCCUCUCACAGAUACGGAAGGGGGACAUGGAAGUGCUGAGGAGGAGAAGGGUGUGGUCCCUCACUAGAGCUCCCAGGCCUGUGGUCUGGGACCUAGUCAGGACAGGUAUUCCUGCCUCGGGGCCCAAAUGUUGCAUUUCCCAGGACCACCCUGGACCACACGCCCCCAUCCAGUACCUAUAAAACCCCUGAAACCUUAGCAGGCAGAGACACAAGCUGCUGGAUGUUGAGAGAAAUGCAUUGGCGGACACACAAACAGCUGGAUGUUCAGAGGCCGUGAAGGGGAGCAGGUCAGCAGAAGAGCACACUGAAGAACCCGGCAGGCCAGCAGACCAUCAACAGGUGGAACAAUGCAGAGUUUGGCCUGGGUAGUUGGAGGAGAGCGCAGGCCACUGAGUGGCUGAUUCCAGGGGAAAACCAUCUCCCUUCUGGCUCCCCUAUCUGCUGAGAGCUACUUCCAUUCAAUAAAACCUUGCAUUCAUUCUCCAAGCCCAUGUGUGAUCCGAUUCUUCCGGUACACCCAAGCAAGAAACCCUGGGAUACAGAAAAGCCCUCUGUGCUUGCGGUAGGGCAGGGGGUCUAAUUGAGCUAACACAAGCUCCUUACAGAUGGCUAAACUAAAAGAGCACCUCGUAACACAUGCCUCCUGGGGCUUCAGGAGCUGUAAACAUUAACCCCUAGACACUGCCGCCAGAUUGGAAUCCUACAACCUGCCCGUGUGCAUGCUCCCCCUAGAGAUUGGAGCAGCUGGGCACCAAAGAAGCAAGCCACAAUCCCAUCACAUGCCCUGCGAGGGGAACAAGGGACCUCUUCCUGUUUCAUCACAAUUUACUUUCUGCACUAACAUGAUUGUUCAGCUGUCUUCGUUAGCAGGCCUUUAUUCCAGGAGAUUCCUGCCCAAGCAAACUUUAAUUGUUCAUUACGGGAACUUCCACAGCGACCCAUCAAAUUUUCAAUCUCUUCCAAAGAAAGUAUCAACAGAUUGCACCUUAAAAUUCUUUGCUUCAAAAAUCCUUGCUGUAUCCACGAAUCCUGGACUGUAGUAUCAUGAUCAUUACACAAUCCUAAUAUAAUUCCUUGCAUUGAAAGACCCGCCUUAAACAUCCAAUUCUCAAUCAGUUCCAACCUUGCCUUUGUGAAGUGUUGCGUCCAACACUUUGCUCUGUGAAGGUGCCAACGCUCUGUCAAGGUGCCAACGAGGUGCCAAUGCCCUGUUCUCCGUUACUGCAAUCAAUAAAUUCUGUUUUGUCUUAUCAACAGGUUGAGUUGAUGAUAUUUGGGGAGCUGGCAUUUGACACAAGUUUGAAAUCCAGUGUUCCUUAACGUUCGGCGUCCAUCGGAGCUCAGCCUAAGUCACUUUUAUGCUUCCCAUUUUUAGCCUACCCUUUGCUUCUGCUAAAAAUUUGGUUUCUAGCUUAUUUUCAUAAUACAAACCGCACUUUUAUUUUUUAUAUGGCCUCACUUCUAAAAUUUUAUAAUUAUUUUUUCAUGAGCUUUUAAAAAAUGAAUAAAAUAAAAAGGAAAUCUGACAGCAGCGCCAGCGAAGUGGCUCAAACCAAACUCAGCUGGUGGGAAGUGUUGCCCUUGGAGCAUUAUGGGAACUGUAGUCCAUGAGUGAGAGAACUCUGAGACGCUUCCGCUUAGGAAUUCUGGGAAGUGGAGUCCACGAACUAUGUGCAGUCGGAGGAACUUCCGCUCCAGGAAGGCGAGGUCGGUUCGGAGAUUGCUCCCGGGGAGGUUUGCUUCCCCAGAACUCUGCCUUUUCCCAAAAGGAAGAGGGGGGAAAUGACCAAGUUCCAGGAGGCAGUGACCUUCAAGGAUGUGGCUGUGGCCUUCACUGAGGAGGAGCUGGGGCUGCUGGACUCUGCCCAGAGGAAGCUGUACCGAGACGUGAUGCUGGAGAACUUCAGGAACCUGGUUUCAGUGGGACGUCAGUCCUUCAAACCAGAUAUGAUAUCCCAGUUGGAGAGGGAAGAAAAACUUUGGAUGAAGGAGUUUCAAACCCAAAGAGGAGACAGGAAUCAAAAUGAGAUGGCAACUCUUCCCAAAGCAGAAUUAAGGUGCUUUUCACUGGGAGAGCUUUCAUGCUGGCAAAUCAAGAGACAUGUUGCAAGCAAAUUAGCCAGAAGUCAAGACUCCAUGAUAAAUAUUGAAGUACAGAGCUCUCAGUUCCCCAAGCACCAUGAUUCCCCCUGUCAAGUGGGAGCAGGAGAAUCUAUUCAAGCUUCUGUGGAUGACAGCUGUCUAGUGAAUCUCAUAGGAGAUCAUUCCAGUAUCAUUGAAAAUCAAGAAUUUCCAACUGAGAAAGUUCAGAAUUCGUGGAGUAAAAUAUAUCUGAAUCAGACACAGAAUUAUCAGAGAAGUUGUAAGCAGACCCAGAUGAAAAACAAAUUAUGUAUAUUUUCUCCAUGUGUUGACAUUUUUGGUUGUAUUUCACACCAUCAUGAUAAUAUAUUGCACAAAAGAGAUAAAGCUCAUAGCAAUAGUGAUUGUGGUAAAGACACCCUAAAGGUGUCACCUCUUACCCAGCGUAGUAUUCACACAGGACAGAAAACCUACAAGGGUAAUGAAUGUGCAGAAGCCUUUGAUGAUGGCCCCAGUCAUGAACUUCAUAAGCAGGUGCACUUGGGAAAGAAGUCUCCAGCAUGUAGUACACAUGAGAAGGACACCAGUUACAGCUCAGCUAUUCCUGUUCAACAAAGUGUUCAUCCUGGAAAAAAACGCUACUGGUGUCAUGAAUGUGGUAAAGGUUUCAGUCAGAGCUCAAAUCUGCAAACUCAUCAGAGGGUUCACACAGGGGAGAAACCCUACACAUGCCACGAAUGUGGUAAGAGCUUUAAUCAGAGCUCACAUCUUUAUGCUCAUUUGCCUAUUCACACAGGAGAGAAGCCCUAUAGAUGUGACAGUUGUGGGAAGGGCUUCAGUCGAAGCACAGAUCUUAACAUUCAUUGCAGAGUUCACACUGGAGAGAAACCUUAUAAAUGUGAGGUAUGUGGGAAGGGCUUCACUCAGAGAUCACAUCUUCAAGCCCAUGAAAGAAUUCACACUGGAGAGAAACCAUAUAAAUGUGGAGAUUGUGGUAAACGCUUUAGUUGUAGCUCAAAUCUUCAUACCCACCAGAGAGUCCACACUGAAGAAAAACCAUACAAAUGUGAUGAAUGUGGUAAGUGCUUUAGUUUGAGCUUUAAUCUUCACAGUCAUCAACGAGUCCAUACAGGAGAAAAACCAUAUAAAUGUGAAGAAUGUGGUAAGGGUUUUAGUUCAGCCUCAAGUUUCCAGAGCCAUCAGAGGGUCCAUACAGGGGAGAAACCAUUUCGAUGCAAUGUGUGUGGUAAAGGCUUCAGUCAGAGUUCAUAUUUUCAAGCACAUCAGAGAGUCCACACUGGAGAAAAACCAUACAAAUGUGAAGUGUGUGGAAAGCGCUUCAACUGGAGUUUGAAUCUUCACAAUCAUCAGAGAGUCCACACAGGAGAGAAACCCUACAAAUGCGAAGAGUGUGGUAAGGGUUUCAGUCAGGCCUCAAACCUUCAAGCCCAUCAGAGCGUCCACACUGGGGAAAAACCUUUCAAGUGUGAUGCAUGUCAAAAGCGAUUCAGUCAGGCCUCACACCUUCAAGCCCAUCAGAGAGUCCACACCGGAGAGAAACCAUAUAAAUGUGACACAUGUGGUAAGGCCUUCAGCCAGAGGUCAAAUCUUCAAGUCCAUCAGAUAAUUCACACUGGAGAGAAACCAUUUAAAUGUGAAGAAUGUGGGAAAGAGUUCAGUUGGAGUGCUGGUCUCAGUGCUCAUCAGAGGGUCCACACAGGAGAAAAACCCUACACAUGUCAGCAGUGUGGGAAGGGUUUCAGUCAGGCCUCGCAUUUUCACACACACCAGAGAGUCCACACUGGAGAGAGGCCUUACAUAUGUGAUGUCUGUUGUAAGGGCUUCAGUCAGAGGUCACAUCUUGUCUACCAUCAGAGAGUCCACAAUGGAGGGCAGCUGUAGAAAUUUGAGUUGUGGUUCACCCUCCAGUUAGGGUUCACGGCUUCGUCUCCAUUGGGAAGUCCAUGCUGAUGACUGUGGAAAGUUCCUUUAAAACUAGAAGGUUCAAAGAAUCUUGACAGGAAAGAAGUCUCUCAAAUGCUGUGUUUCAGACUUGGUUAGGACAUGAAUUCUUUAAAAAUGUUGUAUUUCACAGAGAGAAAACUCUCUGUUCCAUAAAUAUGAUCAGUGUUUAUAUCAGAGUUGCCAGGUGUCUCAGUUCUCAAGAUGUAACACAGCAGAAAAGUAUUGUCAGAGUUUGCCCAGGAGAGAGGCCUUACUUUUAAAAAAGUAUGAUUGAGGCCAGGCACGAUGGCUCAUGCCUGUAAUCCCAGCACUUUGGGAGACUGAGGCAGGUGGAUCACUAGGUCAAGAGACGGAGACCGUCUCUACUAAAAUACAAAAGUUAACUAGAUGUGGUGGCGCAUGCCUGUAGUUCCAGCUACUCAGGGUGCUGAAGGAGAAUUGCUUGAACCCAGGAGGCGGAGGUUGCAGUGAGCCAAGAUUGUGCCACUGCUCUCCAGCCUGGCGCGCGAUGACAGAGCGAGAGACUGUCUCAAAAAAAAAAAAGUAUGAUUGACAGAAAAUAUUGAUGUCAACUAAAAUGUAAGCUCUAUAUAGAGAGGUGUUUUUCACCACUGUAUCUCUACUAUGUAGAAUUGUGCUUGGCUUAUAAUAGGGCCUGGCAAUUACUGAAAAUAAUGAAGAAAAUACCUAUAAUUAGGACAAAUAUUUGAAAAUUCUAGUCUGUUUUCUACCCUAAAUUCAUAUUAAUUUAUAUUCAAAAGGAAUUUUGCAAGUAGCCUUAAUAACGUUAGUUUCAGGAAAUACUGAAGUAUAGAAAAGUAUGUAAUACUGCCAUCCAUACUAAUACAAAUUCGGACAGAAGACAUGAAUGGCUCCCAUCCUGCAGCCUUAGUUCUUUGUACAGUGUAUCAGUUAUGUAGUAUAAUUUUUAGUGUCAUUAGUUUAUAGACUGAACAAUACUUUUUAAAACCUAAUGUGACACUGAAAUUUACAUGAUUAGAAUUUUGGACACUAAUUCAUUAAGGUUGAGCUUUACUGUAACUCUGAAAGUGUUAAAAGUAGUUAUGAUGACAAAAAGUUUCUUAAUAAACUUGAAUUGUUAAUAAUUUGUUUCAUUAUUUCCAUUCAGGUUCAGAUCAAGUUUCUUUUCUAUGUGUAGUCCUGAUUCCUUCUAGACUUCUAGAAGGAGCUUUGGCAGAUUUCAAGCACAUUAAUUUGUCACAUCCCCUUAAAAGAGGGUAGCAGGGCAAGAAACCCAUUGAGUUUUUAUUGAAAUUUUAUCUAUUGUUGAUUUUGUUAAAUAGAGCCUUGCUGUGUUGUUCAGGCCAGUCUCAAACCCCUGGCCACAAGCAUUUCUCCAACUUUGGCUUCCCAAAGUGUUGAGAUUACAGAUGUGAACCCCUGUGCCCAGCCUUGAAAUUGUAUUCAAUGUAAUGAUUUAGAUGGGUUACCAUUUACACAGCAUUCUAUGCUUGACACCUCUUAGUAUGAGUGGACAAUAAAUACUCUUUGACCUGGCAGCCCUAGCACUAGAAAUUUCACUUAGGAGAUUGUGACAAAAGUGAGAAAGAUUGUACACAAGGAUAUUUAUCCUGAAUUUCAAAAGGAAAAUGUCAGUAAAAUAUUUGAGUAAGUCUCGAUAUAUCCUUAUAAUGUACAGCCAUUAAGAUGAUCAGAGAUCUGUAAUAACUAGAGAAAACAUUAUUCGUGAGAAAACUAGGUUGGAACCUUCCUGGGAUGAUCCAAUUAAUAGAAGUCUGUCUACCUAAUGCUGUGAUUAUAUGCAUAGAAAUAAUGGAAGGACAUUAAUAUGCUAACAGUUGUUUAUUCUGGCAUGGAAGGUUGGGAUAUUUAACUUUUCAAAAAAUUACAGUGACAUCAAUUUUAUCAAAGCAGUAAAACUGAAAUAAAGUUAUGCGUAAAUGAAAAUCCCUUAUAGCUCAAUCUAACUCGUUUGCUUUAUCUAAUUAUAUGGCAUGUAAUCCUGUUACGGUUAUGUAACUGGCUUAAGUCCAGCCGCUUGCCACUUGAAGGCUGAAAACAGGAGAAACAAAAUGUAGUGAAAGGAAGGCAGUUUUGCUAAUCAAAUGCUAGCAGUUGGGAAGUGACCGGGCUCAUGGCUUAAAAUGCCAUUUCAACUUUUUGUGAGGGGGUUUAAGAAGGAAAACUUGGUGUGGGAAAUACACGGGAGCGAUGCAGCCAGAUGCAGGUCUUGCAUGUCUUGUUCUGAUGGUUAUCUUGAGUAAUUACCCGUCUGGAGUUCCAGUUUGCAUCAUCUUGACUUUGGCUCAGGAGUGGUGGAUGAACUGUUCAUAACUGCCCCUAAGUGGGAGGAUUGUGCAGCUGACUCGUUUAGUUUCUAUGUCAGGUUUGCUUUAAAAUUAGAUCCUGGAAUUUCUAAGCAAGCAAAUUAGACAAGUCAGCACUGUGCAUGAAGUACCUGACAGGAAAGAGAGAGAUGAGUUUUAAGGUAAAGGCCACAUUCCGGGAUUGGAAAAAAAGGGGGAAAAAGUUUUAAAAUUUAUUUCAAAACUGGAAUACUCAGUUACAAUUCCCCACUUUCAAACUUCAUCCUUUUUAAAAAAAUUAUUACACUUUAAGUUCUGGGAUACAUCUGCACAAUGUGCAGGUUUUUUACAUAGAUAUACUUGUGCCAUGGUGGUUUGCUGCACCCAUUAACCUGUCAUCUACAUUAGGUAUUUCUCCUAAUGCUGUCCCUCCCCUAGCUCCCUACCCACUGACAGACCCCAGUGUGUGAUGUUCCCCUCCCUAUGCCCAUGUGUUCACAUUGUUCAACUCCCACUUAUGAGUGAAAACACACAGUGUUUGGUUUUCUGCUCCUGCAUUAGUUUACUGAGAAUGAUGGUUUCCAGCUUCAUUCAUGUCCUUGCAAAGGACUUGAACUCAUUUCUUUUUUAUGACUGUAUAGUAUUCUAUGGUGUUUAUGUGCCAUAUUUUCUUUAUCCAGUCUAUCAUCGAUGGGCUUUUGGGUUGGUUCCAAGUCUUUGCUAUUGUGGAUAGUGCUACAAUAAACGUACGUGUGCAUGUGUCUUUAUAGUAGAAUGAUUUAUAAUCCUUUGGGUAUAUUCCCAGUAAUGGGAUUGCUGGGUCAAGUGGUAUUUCUGCUUCUAGAUUCUUGAGGAAUCACCACAGUGUCUUCCACAAUGGUUGAAUUAAUUUACACUCCCACCAACAGUGUAAAAGCGUUCCUAAUUCACAUCCUCUCCAGCAUCUGUUUUUUCCUGACUUUUUAAUGAUCACCAUUCUAACUGCUGUGAGAUGGUAUCUCAUUGUGGUUUUGAUUUGCAUUUAUCUAAUGACCAGUGAUGAUGAGCUUUUUUUCAUGUUUGUUAGUCACAUAAAUGUCUUCUUUUGAGAAGUGUCUGUGCAUAUCCUUUGCCCACUUUUUGAUGGGGUUCUUUUUUCUUGCAAAUUUGUUUAAGUUCCUUGUAGAUUUUGGAUAUUAGUUUUCAGAUGGAUAGCUUGCAAAAAUUUUCUCCCAUUCCAUGGGUUGCCUGUUCACUCUAAAGAUAGUUUUUUUUGCUGUGCAGAAGCUCUUUCGUUUAAUUAGAUCCCAUUUAUCAAUUUUGGCUUUUGUUGCCAUUGCUUUUGAUGUUUUAGUCAUGAAGUCUUUGCCCAUACAUAUGUCCUGAAUGGUAUUACCUAGGUUUUCUUCUAGGGUUUUUAUAGUUUUAGGUCUUAUGUUUAAGUCUUUAACCCAUCUCGAGUUAAUUUUUGUAUUAGGUGUAAGGAAGGGGUCCAGUUUCUCUUUUCUGCAUAUGGCUAGCCAAUUUGCCCAGCAUCAUUUAUUAAAUAGGGAAUCCUUUCCCCAUUGCUUAUUUUUUGCCAGGUUUGUCAAAGCUCAGAUGGUUGCAGAUAUGUGGCAUUAUAUCUGAGACCUCUGUUCUGUUCCAUUGGUUUCUAUAUCUGUUUUGGUACCAACACCAUGCUGUUUUGAUUACCGUAGCCUUUUAGUAUAGUUUGAAGUCAGGUAGCAUGAUGCCCCCAGCUUUGUUCUUUUUGCUUAGAAUUGUCUUGGCUAUAUGGGCUCUUUUUUGGUACCAUGUGAAAUUUAAAGUAGUUUUUUCUAAUUCUGUGAAGAAAGUCAGUGGUAGCUUGAUGGGAAUAGCAUUGAAUCUAUAAAUUACUUUGGGCAGUAUGGCCAUUUUCAUGAUACUGAUUCUUCCUAACCAUGAGCAUGGAAUGUUUUUCCAUUUAUUUGUGUUUUCUUUUAUUUCCUUGAGCAGUGGUUUGUAGUUCUACUUGAAGAGGUCCUUCACAUCCCUCGUAAGUUCAGAAGGAAUGGUACCAGCUCCUCUUUGUACCUCUGGUAGAAUUGGCCUGUGAAUCUGAGUGCUCCUGGGCUUUAUUUGGUUGGUAGGCAUUACUGCCUCAAUUUCAGAACUUGUUAUUGAUCUAUUCAGAUAUUCAACUUCUACCUGAUUUAGUCUUGGGAGGGUGUAUGUGUCCAGGAAUUUAUCUGUUUCUUCUAGAUUUACUGGUUUAUUUGCAUAGAGGUGUUUGGAGUAAUCUCUGAUGGUAGUUUGUAUUUCUGUGGGAUCGGUGGUAAUAUCCCCUUAAUCAUUUUUUAUUGCAUCGAUUUGAAUCUUAUCUCUUUUCUUCUUUGUAUGGCUAGUGGUCUAUUUUGUUAAUUUUUUCAGGAAACCACCUCCUGGAUUCACUGAUUUUUUUUUUGAAGGGCUUUUUGUGUGUCUAUCUCCUUUAGUUCUGCUCUGAUCUUAUUUAUUUUUUAUCUUCUGCUAGCUUUUGAAUUUGUUUGCUCUUCUUUUCUAGUUAUUUUAAUUUUGAUAUUAGGUUGUCAAUUUUAGAUCUUUUCCACUUUUUCCUGUGGCCAUUUAGAACUAUAAAUUUCUCUCUAAACACUGCUUUAGCUGUGUCCCAGGGAUUCUGGUACAUUGUGUCUUUGUUGUCAUUGGUUUCAAAUAACUUAUUUAUUUCUGCCUUAAUUUUGUUAUUUACCCAGUAGUCAUUCAGGAGCAGGUUGUUCAGUUUCCACGUAGAUGUGCAGUUUUGAGUGAGUUUCUUAAUCCUGAGUUCUAAUUUGAUUGCAUUGUGGUCUGAGAGGCUCUUUGUUACGAUUUACUUUUUUUUCCUUUGCAUUUGCUGAGGAAUGUUUUAUUUCAAUUAUGUGGUCAAUUUUAGAAUAAGUGCAAUGUGGUGCUGAGAAGAAUGUAUAUUCUGUUAAUUUGGGGUGGAGAGUUCUAUAGCUGUCCAUUAAGUCCACUUAGUCCAGAUCUGAGUUCAAGUCCUGAAUAUCCUUGUUAAUUUUUUUGUAUUGUUGAUCUAAUAUUGAUGUUGGGGUGUUAAAGUCUCCCACUGUUACUGCGUGGGAGUCUAAGUCUCUUUGUAGGUCUCUAAGAAAUUGCUUUAUGAAUCUGGGUCCUCCUGUAUUGGGUGCAUAUAUAUUUAAGAUAAUUAGCUCUUCUUAUUGCAUGGAUCCUUUUACCAUUAUGUAAUACCCUUCUUUGUCUUUUUUGAUCUUUGUUGAUUUAAAGUCUGUUUUAUCAGAGAGUAGGACUGCAACCCCUGCUUUUUUUAUGCUUUCCAUUUGCUUUCUAAAUAUUCCUCCAUUUCUUUAUUUUGAGCCUAUGCGUCUUUGCACAUGAGAUGGUUGUCCUGAAAACAGCACACUGAUGGGUUUUGACUUUGAAUCCCAUUUGCCAGUCUGUGUCUUUUAAUAGGGGCAUUUAGUCUCUUUACAUUUAAGGUUAAUAUUGUUAUGUGUGAAUUUGAUUCUGUCAUUAUGAUACUAGUUGGUUAUUUUGCCCAUUAGUUGAUGUAGUUUCUUCCUAGUGUUGAUGGUCUUUACAAUUUGGCAUGUUUUUGCAGUGGCUGGUGCCAGUUUUUAUUUUCCAUAUUUAGUGCUUCCUUCAAUAUCUCUUCUUGUAAGGCAGAUCUGGUGGUGACAAAAUCUCUCAGUAUUUGCAUGUCUAAAGGAUUUUAUUUCUCCUUUGAGUACUUUGGCUGGAUAUGAAAUUUUGAGUUGAAAAUUCUUUAUUUAAGGGUAACCCAACCUUCUCUCUGGCUGCCUUUAAUAUUUUUUCCUUCCUUUCAACCUUGGUGAAUGUGAUGAUUAUGUGUCUUGGUGUUGCUCUUCUCAAGCAGUAUCUUUGUGGUGUUCUCUGUAUUUCCUGAAUUUGAAUGUUGGCCUCUCUUGCUAGGUUGGGGAAGUUCUGGAUAAUAUCUUGAAGAGUGUUUUCCAACUUGGUUCCAUUCUCCCUGUACUUUCUGGUACACCAAUCAAACGUAGGUUUGGUCUUUUCACAUAGUCCCAUUUUUCUCAGAGGCUUUGUUCAUCCCUUUUCAUUCUUAUUUUUCUAAUCUUGUCUUCAUGCUUUAUUUCAUUACGUUGAUUUGCAAUAUCUGAUAUCCUUUCUUCCAUUUGAUUGAUUCAACUUUUGAUCCUUAUGUAUGCUUCAUGAAGUUCUCAUGCUGGUUUUCAGCUCCAUCAGAUCAUUUAUGUUCUUCUGUAAGCUGGUUCUUCUAGUUAGCAAUUUCUCUAACCUUUUUUCAAGGUUCUUAGCUUCCUUGCAUUGGGUUAGAACAUGAUCCUUUAGCUCAGAGGAGUUUGUUAUUACCCACCUUCUGAAGCCUACUUUUUCCAAUUCCUCAAACUCAUUAUCCAUCCAGUUUUGUUCCCUUGCUGGCAAGAAGUUCUGAUCCUUUGGAGGAGAAGAGGCAUUCUGUUCUGUUUUGUUUUGUUUCCAGCCUUUUUAAUGCUGAUUAUUUUUCAUCUUCUUGGAUUUGUCUAUCUUUGGUCUUUGAUACUGGUGACCUUUGGAUGGAGUUUUUGUGUGGACGUCCUUUUUGUUGAUGUUGAUGCUAUUCCUGUUUGUUAGUUUUUCUUUUAACAGUCAGGUCCUCUGCUGCAGGUCUGCUGGAGUUUGCUGGAGGUCCACUCCACACCCUGUUUGCCUGGGUAUCACCAGUGAAGCCUGCUGAACAGCAAAGAUUGCUGCCUACUUUUUCAUCUGGAAGCUUUGUCCCAGAGGGGCAACCACCAGAUGCCAGCUGGAGCUCUCCUGUAUGAGGUGUCUUUUGACCCCUGCUGGGAAGUGCCUCCCAGUCAGGAGGCACAGAUGUCAGCGACCCACUUGAGGAGGCCCUCUGUCUCUUAGAGCUAAAGCGCUGUGCUGGGAGAUCCACUGCUCUUUUCAGAGCUGUCAGGCAGGAAAGUUCACAUCUGCUGAAGCUGUGCCCACAGCUACCCUUUACCCCAGAUGCUCUGUCCUAGGGAGAUAAGAGUUUUAACUAUAAGCCCCUAACUGAGGUUGCUUCCUUUCUUUCAGAGAUGCCCUGCCCAGAGAGGAGAAAUCUAGAGAGGUAGUCUGGCUACAGCAUCUUUGCCAAGCUGCAAUGGGCUCUACCCCGUUUGAACUUCCCAGUGGCUUUGUUUACACUGUGAGGGGAAAACUGCCUACUCAAGCCUCAGUAAUGGCCCUCACCCCUCCCUGCACCAAACUAAAGUGUUUCAGGUCGACUUCAGACUGCUGUGCUGACAGCAAGAAUUGGAAGCCAGUGGAUCUCAGCUUGCUGGGCUCCAUCAGAGUGGGAUCCGCUAAGCUAGACCAUUUGGCUCCCUGGCUUCAGCCCCCUUUCCAGGGAAGUUAACGGUUCUGUCUUGCUGGCAUUCCAGGUACCACUGAGGUAUGAAAAAAUUUCCUGCAGCUAGCUCAGUGUCUUCCCAAACAGCCACCCAGUUUUGUGCUUGAAACACAGAGCCCUGGUGGUGUAGGCACCCGAAGCAAUCUCCUGAUCUAUGGUUGGCAAAGACCAUGGGAAAACCAUAGUAUCUGGGAUGGAAUGCACUGUUCCUCAUGGCAUAGUCUCUGACAGCUUCCCUUGGCUAGGUGAGGGAGUUACACAACCCCUUAUGCUUUUUGGGUGAGGUGAUGCCCCACGCUUUGGCUCACCCUCCAUGGGUGGCACCCCCUGUCUAACCAGUCCCAAUGAGAUGAGCUAAGAACCUCAGUUGGAAAUUCAGAAAUCACCCACCUUCUGCAUUGAUCUCAUUGGGACCUGCAGACUGGAGCUGUUCCUAUUCGGCCACCUACCUUGCCAGCCACUCUCCUCAAUUUUUCCUCAGUAUUUUCUAUCACAAAUUUUUUCAGAUCAGUCAGCAGAAUUUUUUUUGAAUUAUUUUAGCACAAAAGGAAUUCUGAAUGCUUUACUUUUAUCUCAAAGUAUUUUCUAAUAUCCCUGUAACUUCUUGCCCCAUUGGUUUUUAAGAGUGUGCUGUUGGCCGAGUGUGGUGGCUCACACCUGUAAUCCCAGGACUUUGGGAGGCCAAGGCAGGUGGAUCACUAGGUCAGGAAAACAAGACCAUCCUGGCCAACAUGGUGAAACACUGUCUCUACUAAAAAUACAAAAAAAAAAACAUUAACCAGGUGUGGCAGUGCAUGCCAGUAGUCCCAGCUACUUGGGAUGCUGAGGCAAGAGAAUUGCUUGAAUCUGGGAGGCAGAGGCUGCAGUGAGCCAAGAUCGCACCACUGCACUUCAGGCUGAGUGACAGAGCAAGACUCCAUCUCAAAAAAAAAGAAAAAAAAAGUGUGCUGUUUAAUUUCCACAUACUUAUGAAUUUUCUAGUUUUCCUCAUUACUGAUUUCAGUUUCAUUUUGUUGUGGCCAGAGAAUACUUUUUUUUUUUUUUUUUUUUUUUUUGAUGUGCUGUUGCAAUCGGCUUGCCAGGAGAAUACAUUUUAUAUGAUUUUUAUCUAUUUGUUGUUGAUAACUGAGAUUUUUAAAUUUUUAUUGAGACUUGUUUUGUGGCCUAAUAUAUGAUGUAUCCCAGAAGAUGUUUCAUGUCCAGUUGAGAAAAAAUGUGUAUUCUGCUGAUUUUAGUUGGGGUGCUUUGUAUAUAUGUUAGGAGUUUGGUUUGUGUGUUUCCAAGUCCUCUAAUUCUUUAUUGAUCUUUUGUCUAGUUGUUCUAUCCAUUAUUGAAAGUGGGGUACUGAAGUCUGAAAAUAUUGUAGAAAUAUCUAUUUCUCCCUUCAGUUCCAUCUAUUUUCACACCAUAUAUUUGGGGACUAGCUAUGUAAUGUCUGUUUUGUAAUAUCUUCUUGAUGGAUUGACUCUUUUGUCAAUAGGUAAUGUCCUUGUUUGUCUCUUGUCAAGUUUGUUUGUUUGUUUUUUAUGGAAGAAAGAGAAAGGGGGAGAGAGAACAGGAGUCUUGCUCUAUUGCCCAGGCUGGAAUGCAAUCUAAAAAUAGGUAUUAAAACCUCUUUUAUGCCAAUAAUUGUGCUUAACAGCAGAGACAGGAAGGAAUAAGGGAAGAAAAUAAACAGCCAACCAAUAAUUCAUUUAAGUCUAUGAAAUGCUAUGCAAAUGCUGAAGAGUGAUUUACUUCCAAUUAUGUGGUCACUUUCAAAAUAGGUGUAAUGUGAUACUGAGAAAAAUGUAUGUUCUGUGGACCUGGGGUGAAGAAUUCUAUAAAUAUUCACUGAGUUUACUUGUUCCAGGUCUGAGUUCUAAUAGUAGAUGUACCUGUUAAUUUUCUCAUUGAUCCGUUGAAUAUUAACCAUGUGGUGUCAAAGUCUCCUCCUAUUAUUGUGCAGGAGUCCAAGUCUCUUUAUAAGUCAUUAAGAACUUGUCUUAUGUAUCUGGGCGUUCCUAUAUUGGGUGCAUGUAUAUUUAUGAUCAUUGACCCCUGUUGUUGCAUUGAUCCUUUUACCAUUAUGUAAUGUCCUUCUUUGUUUCUUUUAGUCUUUGUUACCAUUAAAGUCUAUUUUGUCAGA